UGUGUGUUGUAUAACUGUUCUCUGGGUCGUGAGGACUGCAGCCUGUGUAAGAAUGCCGACCCCAAAUACAGCUGUGUGUGGUGUGCCAACAUGAGGUCCUGUGUGUACAGAGAAUUGUGCCAGUCACAGGAACCAGCGCAGUGCCCCAACCCCAAGAUCACUGAGAUCAUCCCUCGUUUCGGGCCCCUGAACGGUGGGAUAGUGGUGACCAUUAAAGGGUCUAACCUGGGCAUAAAGAAGGAGGACAUUAAGAAGGUGACGGUGGCUGGAGUGGACUGUGUUCACCAGGGGGACAGAUACUCUGUCUCCACCAGUGUUGUGUGUGAGAUCGGUCCGGUCCGGUCUUCAGUGGACCUCCCAGGUCCCAUCAACCAGGGGGUAGUGGAGGUGGAGGUGGAGGGGGGCAGGAGAGGACGUUCAGAGGUCCUCUUCACCUACAGGGACCCCAUCCCUGAGAAAGUUUCCCCCCUGAAGGGCCCUGUGGCCGGGGGAACAGUCAUCACUAUCUCUGGGAAACACCUGGAUACGGCAAACAAGAAUGAUGUCAUUGUCACCGUGGGGGGAACGCCCUGUGAAGUGUUGUCGUUUGGCAGUGAGAUCACCUGUGAGACAGGUGUAUACAAGGGACAAAAGGUUCCAUUGGAGUCCCUGAGAGUCUCGGUGAAGUAUGGGAAGAGCACCACCAAGGACGUCCCCGCCACCUUCAACUUCCAGUACUCUGAGAACCCCAAACUCACGGACUACAGCCCCAAGACCAGCUUCGUAUGUGGAGGCAGGAGGAUCGUGUGUGUGGGCAGUGGUUUUGACCUCAUCCAGAGAGCCACCAUGAAGGUGCUGCCCUCUGCUGAUGACUUCUCUCAGUCCCCUCCUGUUGAGUUCAUCCAGUAUGCCAUACAUAAGAACGACACUGUGCUGCUGUUUGACAGUCCAGUGGUGAACAGGUCCUCUGAGACCCAGUCCUUUAGGGCCUUCCUCCAGCUAGACAACGUGAUAGAGGAACUGAAUUCCUUUGAGUACCACCCCGACCCAUUCUUCAAUGAACUGACCAAGAACAUCAUCACUGAAACCUCCAUCAUCAUCGUUACGGGUCGUGGUUUCAGCAAGGCCAUGACAGCUGAAGAAGCCCAGGCGUUCGUGGGAGAUGCGUCCUGUAAGGUGACCAUCCUGCAGGAUGACAAGCUGUUCCUGGAAGCUCCGUCCACCCAGCCCAGAGCCCGCUCCAAACGCCAGCGCAGAGACACCAGCUCCGACCCUUUGGACCUAACGAUCAAGUUUGGUAAUGGUGAGUGGGUGGUGGGCUCAGUGAACUAUGAGAGGAAGUAUGAGGUUCCUUUGGCUAUCAUCAUCCCAGCUGUCAUCGUCCCUAUGCUACUGUUCAUAGCUGUGUCCGUCUACUGCUACAGGAGGAAGAGCCAGCAGGCAGAGAGAGAGUAUGAGAAAGUGAAACACCAGUUGGAUCAUCUGGAGGAGAGUGUGAGAGACCGCUGCAAGAAGGAAUUCACAGACCUGAUGAUUGAGAUGGAGGACCAGACCAAUGACCUGAGUGAGGCCAGGAUCCCCUUCCUGGACUAUAAGACCUACACAGACCGGGUCUUCUUCCUGCCCUCUAAAGACGGGGACAACGACGUCAUGAUCACUGGCAAGCUGGACAUCCCCGAGGGACGGAAGGUCAUCGUAGCUCAGGCCCUCAACCAGUUCUCUAACCUGCUCAACUCUAAGACCUUCCUCAUCAAUUUCAUCAAGACCUUGGAGGGCCGUCCAGACUUUAACGCCAGGUCCAGGGUCUACUUUGCCUCGUUACUGACCGUGGCUCUGCAUGGUAAACUAGAGUACUACACAGACAUCAUGAGAAGCCUGCUGCUGGAGCUGAUGGAGGAAUACGUGCACAGCAAGAACCCCAAACUCAUGCUGCGCAGGUCAGAGACGGUGGUGGAGAGGAUGCUGUGUAACUGGAUGUCCAUCUGUCUGUAUCAGUUCCUCAGGGACUCUGCGGGCGAACCCCUAUACAAGUUGUUCAAGGCCAUCAAGCACCAGGUAGAGAAGGGCCCAGUGGACGCUAAGAUGAAGAAGGCCAAGUACACUCUGAACGACACAGGGCUCCUAGGGGACGACGUGGAGUACUGCGUCCUGACCCUGCAGGUGCUGGUGCACGGCGAGGGACCAGACGUGACGCCGGUGAAGGUGCUAAACUGUGACACCAUCUCUCAGGUGAAGGAGAAGAUCAUUGAACAGGUGUACCGCAACCUGCCCUACUCACAGAGACCCAAGGUGGACAGUGUUGCUCUUGAGUGGCGGCCUGGCUCUACAGGGCAGAUCCUGUCUGACAUGGACCUGACAUCACAGAAGGAGGGCAGGUGGAAGAGACUCAACACCCUGGCACAUUACAACGUGAGAGACAAUGCCACGCUGGUGCUGUCCAGAGUGCUUCACACCCAUCGCCAGUUCCACCAGAACCAGGAUAGCCAUGAAGAAAAAAACGCCCUGUUGGAAGAUGACAAGGUGUUCCACCUGGUGCGGCCUGCAGACGAGCUGGAUGAGGUCAAAUCUAAGAGAGGAAGUUUGAAGGCCAAGGCGACAACGAAAGCCAUCGCUGAGAUCUACCUGACACGACUGCUCUCUGUCAAGGGUACUCUGCAGCAGUUUGUGGAUGAUUUCUUCCGCAGUGUGUUGUGUUCUGGAGCGGUGGUUCCUCCUGCUGUUAAAUACUUCUUUGACUUCCUGGAUGAGCAGGCUCUGAAACACGACAACGUUGAGGAGGAGACUGUCCAUAUCUGGAAGACCAACAGCCUGCCCAUGCGUUUCUGGGUGAACAUCCUGAAGAAUCCUCACUUCAUCUUUGACGUGCACGUGACGGAGGUGGUGGACGCGUCGCUGUCCGUCAUCGCUCAGACCUUCAUGGACGCCUGCACCAAGACGGAACACAAACUGAGCCGGGAAUCUCCCAGCAACAAACUGCUCUAUGCAAAGGAGAUCUCCACCUAUAAGAAGAUGGUGGACGAUUACUACAAGGGAAUCAAGCAGAUGGUCCCAGUCAGUGACCAGGACAUGAACACACACCUGGCUGAGGUGUCCAGGGAACACACAGACACGCUGAAUACCCAGGCAGCCUUGCACCAGCUCUACCAGUAUGCCAGCAAAUACUAUGACGGGAUCAUCCAGUCUUUAGAUGAGGACCCAGCCGCCCAGAGUAAACAGCUGACCCUGCGGCUGCAGCAGAUAGCCGCCGCCCUCGAGAACAAAGUCACCGACCUUUAACCUCUGACCCCUAGAGAAAGGGGGAGGGGCUAUGGGACCACUCUGUAGACCAAGAUGAGGGGGACCGGAGACUGAGGCAGACUUCAGACUAUUACAGUAUCAACCAUGAAGAGCUACACAUAUCUCUUCCCCCUAGAGACAUGAGAAGCUGUGGGAAACUAUUGCGUUUUGGCAAAAAUACUUGUAAAGGAGCAGAGCUACUGGGACAAAGUUGGACAGGGUGAUCCCUAAUCAUCAGUCUCCCUCUCUCUCUCUGACUCUAUGGAUCCUAUAGACUGAAUGAGCAAGGGCCUUCAGUAUAGUCCCUGAGUGAGCUAGCAGACUGUAAACCCAGCCUACAGAGGAUAUACGGUACACCACCACUGACCAACCACAGCAACUAUACCUGUCAGUCCCAUGAUAUACAACCUGGUGUUGAUGACUUACAGCUUGGACAGAGAAUCAGAUGUUUAAUGUGCUCCAGAGUAGACCCGAGUUAGGAGAGUGGUGUUGUAUGUAAAUAUAUUUUAUGGCACAGGCUUUAUGCAAAGAUGCUUUACAUACCAAGAUGAAAUUAUUUUUUAAAAGGAUGGAUGGGCACAACUAAGUUUGUUAAUUUGUGUUUUUAAAAGGUUUCUAGAAGCGAAGAAGCAGGGUGUUCCAUGAUGUCAUAUCCUGUGUUUUAAUCGAUUGGUUGCUUACUGUGUAAUCUGCAUUGCCAUUGGCUAGUUAUGACUGGUUAAUCACUUUGUUUUUGUCAUGAUUUGUAUUUGUCGCUGAUAUAUUUUGAUGUGGGUUCUCAGUGUAGUGCAUUAUGCAGGGAAUAGGGUGCAGCCUAUUCACAUGAUGACUGCGUCCCUAUUCAGGGUCAGCUCUCCCCUAUACGGUAGUAAAACAAGCCAAACGGACUAAAAGAUGAAGCACAUUCAUACUGUUCUAUUGAUAUCAACGUCUCACUGAAACUAACUGGUGGACAUAGUUAGAGCUCUCACACACGUUAGGCUUUGGCUUGACUAAGUGCCAAUACACAGUAGAGCUGAAGUUGAACAUCUUCUCAUUUUAUACAAUAAAUAAAUGAUUUCUCUUCAUUUUUCCA